ACAGUGACAUUUCCAUCAACAACACCGUCACCUGUCCAUUUGCAACAUAUUUUGAAGUUUGCAUGGUAAUAGACAUACUAAUAUAUUUUAAUAUUUUUAUUGUGUUUUUGCUAAUAACAUUUCGAGUCGUAUACUGUUGUAUUAUUUACAUUUGCAAGUUGAUAUUUGAAAUGGAACCCGAGGAUGCUAAAUUCAUGAGAACAGAACGUAAACCAGGAUCAGUUGAUGUUCAUCCAAAUAUAGAUGCUAUUUGCUUAAAUUAUGAUUUGGAUAUUCAAAUUUUAGCAUCUAAAGAGAAUGUCAUUUAUGGUGAGAAGAAGAGUCUUAAGAAAAUUAUAGAAUUACCUAUGAUAAACAGCAGAACUGACUGCCAUGCAUUGUCUAAAGAGGUUGUUAAUCAGUGUGAACUGAUUCAUCAUUCACGACUACCUGAAGUUGAACAAAUUAUUUACUAUUUGAAAAAACGAAAGCUUCAAAAUAGUGGUAAAGGUAUUGGUAAUUUGAGUGAUGGAGAUAAAAUUGGUUUUGAAAAACUAUCUGGUGGAAUUCAAGAAGCAAACUAUAAUAGUUUAUCAGAAUAUAUUGAUCUCUUAUAUGAAGGAAUGGCAGAGAAAAUUAAGGGAGCCCAACUUAUUCAAUUGUUAGCCAGGGAUCCAGAAAACCUAGAAGCACUAGCAACCAAUGAAACAUUGAUUAGUGCUUUAGGUAGGGUAUUGAGAGAAGAUUGGAAACGAAGUAUUGCAUUAAGUACCCACUUGGUAUUUACUUUUUUCUGCUUUUCUAUGUACUCUUGUUUCCAUGAAGUUAUCUUAAAAUGCAAGGUAAGUUCAAUAUGUAUGGAUAUAAUUGAUUAUGAAUUGAGACGUUAUGAUAGAUGGAAAGCGGAUUUUGAAGGGUCUGAAGCUCCUUCAGAUAUUCCUAUUGUCCGCAAACCUUGUCCAAGUAGUGCUAGUAUGUCUGAAAUACCUCGCAGUCGAAUUCCAGAACCAGUUCGUCCAAAAUCAGGAAAUUUUUCUGAUAGUAACAUUAGUCAAAUUAUGGAAGGUAGCAUUUAUGAUGACUUAACAACUUCAAUGGAAGGUAUCGAUGAUAGAAAACUCACUGAUGAACAGAAAUUAAAAAGGUUCCGUACUUUAGUAAAAAAACAAGAACAUUUACUUAGAGUAGCUUUCUAUUUACUUCUGAACAUUUCUGAAGACGAAAUUGUGGAAGAAAAGAUGUCAAAGAGAAAUAUUGUAGGGCUAUUAGCUAAAGCUUUAGAAAGAGAAAACGACGAUUUGCUUAUUCUAGUCAUAACGUUUCUUAAAAAGUUAUCAAUAAUGCAAUGUAAUAAAGAAGUUAUGGUAGGAAAUUUGUGUGUGAUUGAUAGAUUGCCUCGCAUGUUAAAUUCCAAUAGUGCUGAUCUCGUUCAUUUGACAUUGAAGCUUCUGUUUAAUCUCUCUUUUGAUAAUAGAGCUAGAUAUAAGAUUAUAAAAUCUGGAAUGUUGCCGAAAAUUAUGAGUCUCUUAAGCGACGAUAAGCAUCAAGAAGUUGUACUUAAGAUUUUGUACCAUUUAAGUUACGAAGAUGAAGUCAAACAUCAUUUUGUGGACUGUAUAGGUUUGAUAAUCGACAUGUUACUCUUAAAUGUAGGAAAUGAAAAUGAUAAAACUAUGGUGGCGCUUUGUAUAAAUCUAGCUACCGAUCAGUCUAAUGCCCAGCAUAUUAUUAAGAAGAAUAGAUUGCAAGCUUUAAUAAUGAGGUCUUUCACGUACCAAGAUGCGAUGCUGAUGAAAAUGUUGAGAAACAUUUCAGACAAUGCUGCUUCCGCUCCACCAUUCAUAGAAUUUGUUGGAGAUAUUGCUAAAGCUGUAGUCGAAUCGAAAAAUGAAGAUUUUAUUAGAGAAUGCAUUGGUAUAUUGAGUAACCUUCAUCUACCGGAUCUUGAUUGGGCUGAAAUAUUCAAACACUUUGAUAUGAUAAAGUGGGUCAAAAAUAUCAUAACUAGCAAUAACAGCGACGCGGAAUUGGUAUUACAUGUUAUAGUCUUAUUGGGUACUGCGAGUACAGAUGAGGGAUGCUCAAAUUUGUUUUGCGAAACUGAUAUUCUACCUUUACUUAUUGAUCUCCUGAAAACUCAUCAGGAAGAUGAUGAAAUUGUCCUUCAGAUUGUUUAUGUAUUUCUAACAGCAUUGUCGCAUACUUCCAAUAUCGAUUACAUAGUAAACAAAACAGAAGCGCCAGCAUAUUUAAUUGAUUUGUUACAAGACAACAACAAAGUGAUUGGCAAAUUGUGUAACACUUGUCUCAAUAUAAUUUCUGAUCACGAUAAAAUUUGGGCUGAUCGUAUACGAAUAGAAAAGUUCCGUAAUCAUAACCAACAGUGGUUGGCUAUGGUGGAUUCGCAGCAAUUAGAGACCGAAGAAGAAGAGGAGGAAGACGAAUUACCUCCGUAUUUGAAUACUGAGUAUUUAAGUACUGCAGUGGUUCCGCCUUUAUCAGAGUUGCAUGAUAAUGCAGAAACUGAAAUCAUUUCAGAUACAGAUUUGGACAUUAACUAUUUCAAUAAUCAGGACAAAGAGAUUCAAGAUUUUGACUUCGAAGCGAUGUGAGAAAGUUAUUUUUAAUACUGGCUAUUAAUAAUUGCUUAAUUUCAGCACAAAUCUGUAUUAUUCUAGUCAUUUUUUCCAUUUAUAUUUAGAAAUAUUUAUUCGAAAUAUACAUUAAUAUAUA